AUGGACGCGUUUGAGAAGUAUCUCGAGAAGGCAACUGCCAAAGGCGCCAACAUCGUGCCUGGCGCGGUAAUGGCUGUCGUCGACAGAGAUGGAAAAUUCGUCUACAAGAAAGCUGCAGGCUAUAAUGGCGUCACAGAGAAUGCGGAGCCCAUGGAAUUCGACCGGACCUUUUUCGUCGCAUCCUGCACGAAGCUCAUCACCGCAAUCGCUGCCCUACAAAUUGUUGAACGUGGUCUUGUCACGUUAGAUGAAUCCAUCGACCAAUACCUGCCCGAACUGGCUUCGCAGCCCGUCGUCGAAAUAAAUGGAUCCGAGAUCAAAUUACGUCCUGCUACUAAAUCCAUUACCCUACGCCAGCUUAUCACGCAUUCCAGUGGCGCGACUUAUGAUUGGAUCUCUCCGAAGCUUCAUGCAUGGCGAGCCUCACGCGGUGAGGCGCCUGUUCUCGUAAGCGACGGCAAUGUCGCUAAAGGUUAUGCUUAUCCGCGAACAUUUGAGGCAGGUGAAGGUUGGGAAUACAGCGGCGGAUUUGACUGGGCUAGUCUUCUAGUCGCCCGCUUGACCAACAUGAGCUUCGAAGACUACGUGGAGACCAAGAUCGCAAAACCCUUGAACGUCAUGUCAUUUACAUGGCAUCUGAACCGCAAGCCCGAUGUAAAAGAGAAGCUCAUGCGCAUGAGUACGCGACAAAAUGAUGGUGCCCUCGAAGAUGGUCCAACACCCUUUUGGCCCGACGACCCUAUCGCAGAAGGCGGUGGCGCAGGCAUGUACGCCAACGUGCACGACUAUACACGCGUACUCUCUGAUCUUCUCAAACCCUUACCCACACUCCUGUCGAAGUCCAUGGUCGACGCAAUGUUCAGCCCACAGUUCUCUGAAGGCAGUCUCGCAGCAAAGGGCCUCGUGGACAACGCUGAAAUCGCGUACACUUGCACCUUAGACGCAAGUAUGGAAGGCGUGAAGCCGAACAUGGGGCUUGGUAGUUUGUUGCUGAUGGAGGAUGUGGAUCGGGAGAAUUACUUUAAGCCCAAGGAUUCUGUCAGGGAGCAAGACAAGACGCACCACGACCUUUCUAGCGAGAUCGAUUCAUCAGCACUUAUCAACAUCCCCGGGUGGGUCAAUUCGGCCCUCUUUACCGGCCAGCACAAAGCUGGUAACAUAUCGAGUGACGGGAAAUCUGUUUCACUCAAAUUCCUCGAACGCACCAGCUUGGCAUCGAUUCAAGGCAGCACGUUGGUCAGCUACAUGCUUAUGAACAAUAGCUGCUUCGACACGCAUCCCGACAACUGGGACUGGCCCUUCCUCAUCCAUGCCUUCAUCUACCUUGAAGCGGCAUGUUGUCGCUCUGGUAACAUCAUGCUUCACUUUUCAGUGCCGCAGGAUUGUAUCAUAUACACCCAAGAUCUGCUCGGUAGGUCGAAACCUCUGGGCAGGCAUCUCCUUCCUACCUCGUGGACAGUCGACGUGCUCGAAGAGGAUGUUUGUAUAUUGGGGAAAGCGUGUGUGAUAUAUGAGUCUCCAUCGUUCGGUUUCGAUACUUAG